CUCCUCCUCCCCUCCUCCUCCUACACCGUCACCCCUCCGAUCCCAAACUGGCCCCACCACCUCCACCCAAAGCGCCUCAUCUCCCUCAUCACCCGCGAACCCAACCUCGACCUCGCCCUCCGAAUCUUCCACCACGCCUCCCAACACCACCCUGGUUUCCGCCAUAAUUACCACACCUACCACUCCCUCAUCCUCCGCCUCCUCCGCUCCCGCGCCCUCCACCUCAUCGACCCCCUCCUCUCCGACCUCCUCCGCUCCCGCCUCCGCUGCCACGAGGACCUCUUCGUCUCCCUCAUCCGCCACUACGGCGUCGUUUCCCGCCCCAACCUCGCCUUCAAGACCUUCCUCUCCAUCCCCAAAUUCCGCGCCGAACGAUCCGUCCGGUCCUUGAACGCCUUGCUCAACGCUCUGGUGCAGAAUCGCAGCUGCGAUUUAGUCCAUUCGGUGUUUCGAAGCUCUAAGGAGAGAUUCGGAGUUUCGCCGAAUGUGUCUAGUUGCAAUAUCCUCAUCAAGGCAUUGUGCAAAAGAAAUGAUCUGGAGACUGCACGCCAGGUGCUCGACGAAAUGCCUGCGAUGGGAUUUGUGCCCAAUGUGGUGAGUUUCACCACCAUUUUAGGGGGAUACGUGUCGCGGCGAGAUAUGGUUGGUGCCAAGAGAGUUUUUGGUGAGAUUUUGGACAGAGGGUGGUGUCCUGAUGCGACCACGUAUACUGUGUUGAUGGAUGGAUAUGUGAAGGAGGGGAAGCUGGUGGAGGCUGUUAAGGUUAUGGAUGAGAUGGAGGAUAAUGGAGUCGGCGCGAAUGAGGUUACUUAUGGGGUUAUGAUUGAAGGUUAUUGUAAGGGGAGGAAGGGGGGCGAAGCGGUUAAUUUGCUUAAUGAUAUGGUGGAUAAGAGAUAUGUGCCAUGCUCGGCGCUAUGUUGCAAGGUGGUUGAUGUUCUGUGUUGCCAAGGGAAGGUGGAGAAUGCUUGCGAGCUGUGGAGGAGGCUUUUGAAGAAGAAUUGCAUGCCGGAUAAUGCUGUGUUGGGGACACUGAUAUACUGGCUUUGUAAGAAGGGGAAAGUAUGGGAAGCCAGGAAAUUGUUUGAUCAGUUUGAGACGAGUGAGCCUCCGGAUGUGAUGACUUACAACGUUCUUAUUUCAGGAAUGUGUGAAGCGGGGGAGUUGUGUGAGGCAGGGAGGUUGUGGGAUGAUAUGGUAGAGAAAGGAUAUACUCCAAAUUCUUUUACGUAUAAUGUAUUGAUCAAAGGAUUCUGUAAGAUUAAGAAAGCGACUGAGGGGAUUAGGAUUUUGGAUGAGAUGUUAGAAAAAGGCUGUUUGCCAAACAAGUCUACUUAUGCUAUGUUAAUGGAGGGGCUCUGUGACUCGGGAGAGGAAGCUGAAAUUAAUAGAUUAAUAUCUAUGGCAAUGUCAAGUGGACACGUUGACAGUGAUUCCUGGGAUCUUUUCCUUACUAAGGUUGUUUGUGAUUUGGAUUCUGGGGAAAGUGUUCUAAACAGAAUACUACAGGAGAAUCCUUUUUAG